AUGGAUUUACCCAUCUACCGCGAGCAUUGGACUCAGGGGCGAGAGGACGUCAAGUUGGACAUCCGCUACGAGUACGGCGUGUUCCGCUUACUCCAGGAACCGUUAAUCGUCGUCCAGCACCGCGACCAGAACUGGAGCCAGUACCUUGCCGGCACCCAGGUGGAGCCGUUGCGCCUCUUUGACAGUGAAGGCAACACUGUGGGGUACAUGCGCGAGAACUACAGCCUCGGGUCGCUGAUCAAGCUGCUGGUGAUCCACCGGGGGCUGAGUGACCGCCCGUUCUCAGUGGAGGUGUUUGAUAAGGAGUGGAACCUCGUAUUGUACAUCAAGCAGCAAUCGAGCUGGGACAAGAAGGAACGCAUCAACGUCUACAUUCCUGGCCACGACCAGUUUGGCCGGUUCCAGGCGAAGCCGCUCGGGUGUGUCGACAUCACCGGCCCAUUGGCUAAGCGCGACUACAACUUGAAAGUGUAUGACGUCGCGGAAGAAAAGUUCGACUCAUUUGGUCACAUCAUCACCAGCCCCCGCGCCCUGAAGUUUGCUGUGCGCACGCUCGUGCCCGGGGACGCGGUGGAGACGACCAUGGCCGGCGUCGAUAUCGACUGGAACGGGCUCAAGCGAGAGGCAUUCAAGCGGGUGCCCAUCUACGCCGUGAGAUUUGAUUUGCAAAACCUGCCCGGGGUAGAAGAGAUCUACCACAACAUCGAUGGCAACCUCAUGUAUGACAUGCGGGCAGUGCUUUUGGCAGCGGCGAUCUCGUUGGAUCAUGCCUACUUCUCGAAAUUUAAGUGA